AAAGCAAGACUGCGGAUGCAGAUGAUUCCGACGACGAUAUAGUCUUUUUUGUCGGCAAACCGGAGAACGAGAAAAAGGAUGAAAACGUUGUUGAAGCAGGAGAGAAAGUUGAUGAGAAACCAAAAUCGAAAGAUGAAAGUAAUGCAAAACAGUCGACAGCGGAAACGGUUGCAAAACACAUGGAAGUCGAUGAAGACGACGAUGUCGUGCUGCUGCUCGAUGAUGAGGACGAGGAGGCGGAGGCGGAAACAAAAAACAAGACUACUGCUGAAAAAACAGCAGAAAGAGAAGAUGCUAAAAUCGAAGGAUUGACAGAAGGUACAACAGAUGAAAUGAAAUCAAAAGAAUCCAGAGAAGCAAGCGAAACAACAACAACUGAAUUAAAAAGUAAUGCUUCUGAAGCCGAUAAGACAAAGUCAGAAUUACAAUCGGAUAAUUCCGAUAACGCUUGCGACAAAUUUGAAACCGAUAAAUCCGCUGCUCUAUUAAAGGAUGAUGAAACCAAAUCAAAGUCAUCAGAUGCUGUUGAUGAGACGAACAGCAACUGCAGCAGCAGCAGCAAUUUGUUACAAGAGACACAAACCAUAGAAAAACCAGAUACGGGUAGCCCCGGCGAAGAGGAUGCUGAUGCGGCCGAUGAGGCAGACAACGAUGAUGAUGGCGAUGAUGCAGAGAGCAGUAGUGCCAUUGAGUUGGUUGAAGACGAUAGUUGCGCCGCUGGUGAAGAAAAAGAAUCCGUACCCCCCGCUAAACGUAUCCGACUGAGCGUUGAUGCUGACGAAAGUAUGAAAGCUGAACAAACCGAAGAAUCACGGAGCAGCCACAAAUCUGGCGACUCAGCAAAAAAUGAGCAAGAAGUAUUUGAAGUAGUAAAAAUCGGCGAGGAUAGCAAUGAUGCUGACAAUACCGAAAAAGGAUUGGGCGUGCAAGCAACUAUUGCAGUAAAGCGUUCACACGAGUCUCUAGAAGAGAACAGUGCUGAUGUGUCCAAAGAUGAUGCUUUGGUGGAAGUGGUUAACAAAAAGUCAAAAAUGGAAGAACCAGCAACCACCGAGGCGUUACAAAAAUCCGAGGAUGUAAAAGUGACUGAAAGUUGUGUAGUAGUUGUGCCUGAAAAGGCUGUGGCUGACAUAAGCGACUCGAAAUUGAAACAGUUGGAUGAGAAAUUUGAAGUGAGCAAGGGGUUGCCACAGUUGCGUGCUGUCGGUACCGACAUUCCAAUACCUCUAUAUCCUGCCCCGAAAUUCAAUACUUCCGAUUCACCUUCAUUGAGUUUGGAUUUCCUGAAACGUUUUCGUAAGAAUUUCGAUAACCUUACGAAACCAGACUUGGAAGAACUGGUGCUACAGAAAGUGGUCGAAGCCAUCAUACACAAAAGUGAGUUCGCCGAAAUGCGCGAUCUCAUCGACAAGCAAGAAAAACAAAUAACAGCGCAUCGAGCGAAAAUCGCCGAAAUCUCCAAACAAUUUCGUGACUUGGAAAUGGUACACAAUCGCGUGUUGAAGGACAUCGAAACAAAGAACUCACAAUUCAUAAUGCCCGUUAAAAUAACGCGUGCUGUCGGCUUACAAGUGUAUGUCCCUAGUAAACGCGGUUCGGAUGCUUCUUCAGUUAGCAAUCUAUCGGGUAGUCAUCUUCCAGUAACCACAUCACCACAGCGCAGCCAAAUGCCACCGCCGUCUUCACCGCCACGACAACCAAAUAGUACGCCGGAAACGCGUACUGGUAACUCGGCGUUAGCUUCAGCAGCAGUAGCUGCCGCUAUGAAUGCACGACGUGGUUGUGUCCAAAAGGUGACGCCGCAGCGGCCAGUGAACACAGAUAACAACAUGCCUACAACAACAGGUGUUUCCACCUAUCGCAUUGGUGGCAGCACGGGCAUUCUGCAGACGUCCUUAACGCAGGGUUCUCAGACUUCUACUGCAGCAGCGCCACAUCAACAACAACAACAACAACAACAACUCGGUAUGCCACGGGUAUUGAACAAAGGUGUAGCGUCGGCACAACAACGACCAGGACGCUUCCUUCCUACCGAACAACAGCGUGCGCAGCAAUUGCAACAGCAAUAUGCACGUCAGCAAGCGCAAAAUGCUAGCAUGUUGUGGAGGGCAAACACUCCAGCAGCGCAAGCCAGAGAUUAUUGGGCCAAAGCGCUAGCUAUUGACCAGCGAUUGCAGUUUGAACAGCAGCAACAACAGAAUGAUCUUUCAAAGCAUAAUGCAACUGACUCCUACCUGACA